GAUUGCGGACUAAAAUAUGUGGAUGGCGGUGUUGAAGAAAACAUCACGCUUUCUGCAAAAUUUAGCUUCUACUAGACGGGAAUGGCUACGAUAACGAUAGUUCCUGUAGUAAAUAGUACUUAGCAUCCCGCCAGUGCCCAGUGCGAGUGGAGGAACGUUUGAGAAAGUGUUUGCGAGAAAGUGAACCAGCAGCAAGUUCUUCCCUUCUACCCACCUGCCCCUUCACCGUCGUUACGAAGAGGCCUCGCGCACGCAUGAAUGCGUACGCGUGUAUGUGCCGAUUGUGUAUGAGUCUAGUGUUUCGCCGAGUGAAUCUAGGCGCGUGUGUGUUGACCGUGAAUUGCACACAAAGUACUAUCGCUGGUGGAAGGUCCUUUCGGCUCCUCUCCGCCUCACCUCGCUGGACAACACCUGGCUGUCAAAGGCACCUCAACUUUAUCUUACCGGCGCGUGCAGCGCAUUCCCCCAUUGGAACACCCCGUGUUCGACGACUCGAUCAGUCGCUAAACCAAUCGCAGUAGCCAGUUGCUGAGAAGAAAGGAUAACGCCCGCUUGCAUUACCUGAGGAGACGCAGAAGGCACCAUGAGCGGGGAAGACUUUAUUUAUAGCGCCAUCACUGAUGAUAACGUGGGUACGUUCGAUUUGAACGCAAUCGCCAGCAAACUCGCCAGCACGGAUAAGUUGGUGCGUGAGAGCAAACAGCAGCAGGAAGAAAAUGACCGGCUACGGAAGAAGAUUUCGUCCUUGCGCGAAACGGCACUGGAGAUAAAAAACCUAUACGAGGCGGAAUGCGCCAAGAGCGGCCGCAUCGAGGAGCAGCUAGCGACGGCGCUAAAUCAAUGCCGAGAGCUGGAACAACGGUGCUCAGAGGCUGAGAACGAUCGGGUAAACACCGGUCUACUGCUAAAGGAGCGGAUAGCGGAGUACGAUCGGCAGAUAGAGACGAACGAGGCACGUUACCGGGCGAUCGUAUGUGACCUGGUGCACUUUUACUCCCACGACCUGCAGCAAGGGGCACAACCAUGCGACAGUGCGGUCAGGUGGAAAGAGCUGAAGGUACACGCGGGGACGGCGAAAAAACUCGACCUUCCGGAAGAGGUGAGACAGUUCUUCAGUCAAAAUCAUCCCCCGGCACAUGCGUCUUCGCGCAGCAAGCGAAAAAAGCGGCCCGAUAUGUGCGACCAGGAGUGUCAAACGGCCGAGGACACCGGUGAACCAAGAAUGCUGCGAACCAGUGGCACAAACACCGAUGUACCCUACCCGGCACCGAGGUCGGAGCCCCAGGUGGAGAAGAAAACGUUCUGUGACAAAGGCACCAUGCACAGCACGAUGUCCACCAUCACGCGAUCGACAUGCACAUCGGCGUUCAUCAAACGGGUCGAUGUAGGAGUGAAUUUCCCCGAGAUAACGCACAAGUCGGUGGACGAAAUUUUGCGCGAGUGUGUCCCCCUGCCGCCGUUGCUGUUGUCUCCGAUCGUAGAGAUUCUUCCCCUGCGGAGGUCGGUGGAAAUACAAACCGAAAGAUCCACCGGUGAGACUGUCGUACAAAACAUCGUGGAGAAACCACAGCUCGUAUCCUGCAGUACAAUGACCAGUUUGAAAAACAUCCGCAAACGUAUCGACUAUCGGAAAACCGACGGUGGAGGGCCACCAGGAGGAAUGGAGAGAGGAGGCUUCCAGCAGCAGUACAUUAACAUCGCGGAGCAGCUGUACGCGAAGAAGAUCAAAAAGGAAGAGCAUAUGUCAUCGAUGACUCCUCCAUCGGUCGGUUUCGGGCCGGAUGACACCUUCGGUCGAAUGCAUCCUCAUCUCUCCACCAUCUGGACAUUGCUGGGGGAAACGAUCUUCUCGCUUAUGGGAAGUCCUGGUCGGCGGUUUGACGGCCAAUGCUAUAGCAUGAUCAACGAACAGCUUGCCACCAUCCGCGACAUGAUCGAGGCCGACGGGCGGCGUGAAUCGGAGCUGAUGAGUGCAAUGUUCUCCAAUGUCAGUGCCACUGUUGAGGCGGCCGCCGGUUACGGAAAGCAACGGGUGAGGCUUACCAGGGUGCCACCGGAGCAGGAACCACCUCCAUCGCCGGUCCCACAAUCUCCCGCUAGAUGUUUCCCGGCGGACGACUGUAGCGCUUCUCCGGCGGGCAACUUUGCUGAACACUGUACACACGUACGGCAGGUAGACAAUCUCCUCUCCCCGGCGGUGGUGGAGGAAACCGAGGCCGUCAAUGUUCCUCCUCCCGCCCCGACGAUCGGUGCAUCCUGUUCAACGAGGCAAACCAAAGACAUCAGUAAAGCGGUCAGCGCUUCAACAACACCAAACACCACCGCCACACCACAGACCAACGGUCAGUCCUUCAACGCUAACGUACAAUUGGUGGACGAAAUGGAAACAAACGUAGCUCCAAGCACAGACGAUGUCGACUCGUUAGAGAUUAAACGUUCCGAAGCAGCAAGCAAACCAGUUUCUAAAAUGAUGGACGAAGAAAACGAUCGGAUAGCAGAAGAGUUGCGCCAAAUGGAGGAAGGUGAAGAUGACACCAGACAUCCAUCAAACACGACGGGAGACUCUAGUGGCACCUGUGUUUUAGCUGCCCCAAUUGCAUCAUUACCUGAGGAGAGUCCGGUGGAGAGGCUGCUUAUAGCUGGUUCGACAAUAAUAAGCCCCACAACGGAGAGGAUAGGGUUAUCAUCACUUGGCUUGGCCCCUACUCCUACAGAGCCCCGGCCUUCGACACCGCCGAGGACAGCUGAAGCGAACACGAGUACCGCCACGUUCGUAUCGCCGAUCAAGGUGAAGGAAACGAAUGAUCUGGUGAAGGAUCAGUUCAAAACCCCCACUCAACCACCGAUCAGUAAGCGGAAGCUGCGCAUUCGUCGCUCGGGCGAACCACCCGCGGCCCUACCUCCUUCCUAUAGUCCGAAGCGGCCGCGUCUCGAUUCUCCUUCCGAGUCGGCAAGCCCAUCCCCCCCUUCUGCUGCCAGUGGCCGGAUAUCACCCACCACCGAGUUCCUGCUGGAGGACGAUUGGGAUACAAAGUUUUCCUCCAUCAAGGCGGCCAUGUUUUCGGCGAUCGAGAGUCCGUCGUACCGGCCACUUUCACCCAUUGCGGAUCGGAUCGACUUAGACGAAGAAAACGACGGCGAGGGCAUUGUUGUAGAAGGCGUGGAUUUAGAACUAGAAGAAGAAGAAAAUGGUGCACAGCAGGAAGAAAAGGAACUCCCUAAGGAACGGGAAGCAGAAGGUGGUCCACUAGUCGAAGCAGAAUCGGUUGAGAUUGUGCCUACAAUUGAGAGGAUAGAAGAUGGUAAAGCUGAUUCUGGCAAAGGAACCGAGGAGGUCGCGAUGAAGAAGGAUAGUAAAGUAGAUGAAAGUUUGCCAAUGGACAAUCACAAUUCCACGGGAAGUUCGCCAUCACCGGAAUGUACCGUAGUAGCAACUCGAGCAGUUGCCAAUGAUCCUGUAACGGCGGGAGAGGCGAAGGCCGAAGAACCAUCUGCACUUGAUGAAAAGACUUCCAAAGAAAGCGAUAAAAUCGUUGAAAAAGAACCGACUGCAGAUGUCAAAGAGAAGCUCGAGAAUGUGCAGGAUAUUGCUAAAAUGAGUGAGUUAGAAUCGCCUGCGAGCCCCGAUUGGGAUUCACCAAUGUCACCGCCGGCGCACGAAACCGGCAUCGAUACCCCGAUCAUCUCCACGACCUCAUCUACCUCCACGUCGGAAUCGGUGUACUGUUUGGAUUCUCCUCUAUCGCCACCUCCCGCCGCAAGCCCUGUCGAUAUUGACACGUCCGUACCCCCACCGAGGGUGAUACCGCUCGAUCACGUGCAUCUCCAUCAUUGCAAGCAACAAGCGCGCGGUCCGCUCGAUCAAGCGAUCGAAUGUUACAAGAUCGAGCGAAGGUCUGAGGUGGUGAAUGCGCACGCCGGACGAUUGAACGCCGAGGAGCAGAGCUCUAUGCAGCAGCUAACGGAAGCGUUUAAGCGCUACGUAAAGUCCCCGUGGACCGAGGCGGCCGUGGCCGAAGCGGUCGGCAAGGUGGUGGCGAUCAGUCAGGAUGGGCGAAUGAUCGCACGGGGCUUGCUCGAAACCUCUCUCUCGCAUCACGGAGAUCUCCUCGUCAAUCUCGAGUGCUCACCACCGGCCCCGCCCAUACCGGUUACGCAGCAGAAGCUGGUUCUUCUUGUGCGCCACCUCACGCCCCACCUUACCCACGAACCAUUCGAUCGGGUGAUGAUGCGCGAACUCGAUCGGCGCGUGUUUCAGCUGAAGGCGGCCGAAUCGUCGGGCGUACCGAUGCUGCCGGGCCUGAUCGCACUCACCUUCCUGUACAUUGGGCUGGAAGAUAGCAAGCCACCGACGGUGGUGCCCUGGCAUCGGACCUACUCGGUGCGGUUGUACCUGUUCAAGUGCCUGUACUACUUCGGCUACAAGUGUCUCCCGUUGGUGUACUACGUGCUGCGGGCUUUCCCGUUCGCCCUGCCGAAGAAGGGCAGCCCGAACUAUGACAACGCGGACGCAAUGAUCAGCACGAUACGAACGAUUCUCAUGAACACCAACUACAACGAGUCGGCGAACGGAGGAGGAGGAGGAGGCGGAGGAGGAGGCGGCAACGACUUGGGACUGUACAAAAAGCGUGAACUGUUCGCACUCCUCACGUACCACUACGGCUAUCAGCCGGGCAGCCCGACCUACGACGAGCUGGUAGUGAACCUGAUCGAAAAGAUUCGCGCCAACCGGCUCCGGAACGUGCCGCACGCGUUAAUCCUGGUGGCAAAGCGGAAGGGCUACGAGUGGGCCCGCCAGAACAUCAUCCAAAAACGGCUCUACCCGCUACUGAACGACUACCUCAAGCUAUUGGAUCUGAUGAACAGCAGCGGCGGUACAGCGGCAGUUCCUGCUACUGCCGGUUGUCCGGCGGAUCUGGCCGGGCUGGACGAACGUAUCGUCGCCUGCAUCUUCACGAUUUCGUCCAUCAUGAAGACGCACCCGCCGCAGGAGGACGUCUCGGGCGUGAUGCAGAUCUUCACCACCAUCGUGCAGCUCGCCCGAGGGAACCAGAAAAUCCAGGAGGAGGCGAUCGCCGGUCUGCUCAAGUUCAGUCGCUUCGGCCAUGCGGACAUUUUCGAGCGUAUCAGACACUGGCAGCCGACGUACCCGGUUAGCGACCGGGUGAGGCUCAUGCUGGCCACGUUGGUGCAUCGGAAAAAUUUACCGUUCUGGAAGCAGCUCAUUCAAAGGAAGAUCGUUUGAAAUGGCGCCCAGGUUGAGAUUAGCGUGAGAGGGAGCGGGUACGGUAGUCGUAGGUUUAGUAGGGCUUUGAACCGAUCCUCUCCGCAUGGCCGCAGUAGUUCGAUAACGUGUGGACCAUGUCGAACCAAUUGUACAGCAAGGUUUCGUUGAAAUAAUUCAAUGAUAAAUAGUAUAUUCUCUACAUUUCUCUAGUUUUCCUUCCCCCCAGCGAAGUUUUAUUUAGGUGAACUUUGUUGAGAAAAAGCAAUUCCCCCGAUAGGUCCUCCAUGUUCCCCAUAUACCCUCCGAUCAACAUUAAAUAUUGCUCUGUGAUUUUUUGGUUGCAUAGAAAAACGCGUAUCCUUUUGAUUAAGAACAAUCGAUAGUCUACUGUUGUUUCGGAUGCUUUUACACCCCACAUGUGUGUGUGUCUCUCUCUUUUUCUUUUUCUCCUGCCCCUCCCUCGCGCUGGCUCACCCAGCCCUGGUCAAUUAAGACCUCCUUGUUGUACAGUGCAAUGCAGCAGAAGCCAGUAUGAU